CUUCUUUCAGUGUGUUUUAGGAUUAUGAUUCCAAUGAGGAUUGCAAUUGUGUGUGUAAAUUAGACAGAUAGAUUACAAAUAAGGCUGAUCCACGAUUAGUUUUGUGUGAAAACAACCAAUUUAAGACAAAGGGAACCCCCUUGUUAGUCCACCAUGAUGGUGCUGCUAAUAAACAUCCAGAGAGGAUGACGACACGGUGAAGAUGGACACCUGCGAAGGGACUCGGACAAAAAUGAGGAUUCUAUUUGAUUUAUGACCUCUAUUUGUAAUGUUCUUUAUCAAAAAAUUAAAACAAAAAUACGAAAGAGGGGUCAUGAUGUUAGUGCUGUGGACGAUGCUGAUCUCCGGUAGCGGAUGGCGGGGGGUCGCGCCGAGCCCUACCGACGAGGGAGCACUGCGGGCCGGCCAAGGAGAUCAUGGAGAGCCGGGCCACCAGGAGCACCAUAAGGACUCUUACAGUACCUUCGCCUCUGAGUUCUUAGAGUCCAGAUAUCUGUCUGAUGACAGUUAUCCAUUUCCCACCGCUCCACCUGUGGACCCGUUUGCCAAAAUCAAAGUGAUCGACUGUGGAGUGACCAAAGGAUGCAUCAGGUAUGGAAAGCCCGGCUGCGACGCUGAGACAUGUGACUACUUCCUGAGUUACCGUCGCAUCGGUACAGAUGUAGAAUAUGAGAUGAGUGCAGACACUGACGGCUGGGUGGCUGUAGGUUUCUCCUCUGACAAGAAAAUGGGCGGCGAUGAUGUCAUGGCCUGCGUCCAUGACGAUAAUGGCCGCGUACGCAUCCAUCACUUUUACAACGUUGGCCAGUGGGCAAAGGAGAUCAAGAGAAACCCUGCCAGAGACGAGGAGGGCAUCUUUGAGAGCAACCGCGUCACCUGUCGCUUUAAGCGUCCUCUGUAUGUCCCCCGCGAGGAAACACUUGUGGACCUCCACCUGUCGUGGUACUACCUGUUUGCAUGGGGGCCUGCCAUACAAGGCUCCAUCACAAGACACGACAUCGACAAUCCUCCUGUGAGCGACCGCAUGAUCAGUAUUUACAAGUACGAGGACAUCUUCAUGCCUUCCACUGCCUACCAGACCUUCAAUUCCCCCCUCUGCUUACUGCUCAUAGUAGCCCUCACCUUCUACUUGCUGAUGGGAACACCGUGAAGACAGAGGCGGAGGAAGAGAAGAUGUAGCAGCAAUAAAAACAAGUGGCCAUUUUGUUUUUGUCAGGAGACACGGCAU